AUGUCCUCGCCCUCCACCUCUAUGACAUCCAUAUCGAGCUGCGGUUUGGGUGCUGGGGUGUCACCUCACCGGGGCUCACCUCGACGCUCGCCGGGGCCCGCGGGGUUUCCAUUUGCUGAGCUGGGAAAGUUCAAUGACGUCGAGUUUCAAGAAGUUCAACAAUCUAACGACGUGGUUCCCAGCAUGGUGUAUGUUCUCGAUGUUUCAACGAGCAUGGGUGGUUCCAGACUGAACUUUGUGAAAGAAGUGGCGGCACGUCGCGUGAAUGAUCUGAACGACGGGUCCCUGAAUUUAGGCAUUGUGACGUUUUCCACUUCUGCUUCAACCAAGCAAGAAAUGAGUCUCGUAAACGACAUCACAAAAAAUCACAGUCUUGAUGCUAUCGACAAACUUUAUGCUAGUGGCUACACAUGCAUCGGAUGUGGACUUCUGGAAGCUCUGAAUGUUUUAAAGCAAGCUAACGUAUCGUCGAAAGGAGCUACAGUGAUGCUUAUGUCAGACGGGAACGAAAACCAGCAGCCACGCAUCGCGGACGUUCUGGGAAACAUGACAUCCACCGGAGUCGUCGUCAACACACUCGCUGUCGGUGCCGACGCAGACCAUGGGCUGGAGAAAUUGGCGCAUGACACCGGAGGAAUCGCUUUCUCGUUCAAAGAUCCGGACGGAACAUUCUUUCCAGAGGUGGACGCAAUAUUCGCGGUAUCCACAACGGCCCAGCUGGAUGAGGCAGAGAGGCCGGUUAUGAUAAUGAAUGCUCAGGUGUCAUUCGGCGGUGCUCUGAAGAUAACUUUCCACCUAGAUGAAGAACUAGGCAAUGGCACAGUGGUCUAUGUGGUUCGAGAAAGGAAAGGCACGGCAACUACGAACGCCUCGCUAAUAGACCCAGCGCACACUGUCUGCCACAAAUGCCAUAGUUAUUCAUCGAAAGGCACUGGUGAAACUAAGAUCAACAUCCCAUCGCCUGCCAUGCCAGGCAACUGGACGCUGGUCCUAUCUGGUCCCAGCGGCGAAGUUGUGCGCGCUAGCAUCCGCGUGGAGUCAAGGAUGAGAGACAGUAGCGUGGAACCAGUGCGCUUGAAGUGUACGGUAAGUCGUGUGGUGCGGAGCCCAAAGCAGGCCAGGAUUUACGCGCACGUCACCAAGGGCGUCGCCAUUGUGCUCGACGCAAACGUCGAGGCGGAAGUACUGACACCCACCAAGACCCACGCUGUGCCAGUGCAGCUAUACGAUGAUGGCUUAGGGGCAGACAACGCUGCAGACGAUGGCAUAUACAGCGGUACCUUCGUUAACUUCGACGGCCCUGGAAGGUACUCAGUUACUGCCCGUGCAACUAGUUCCGAACUAACGCGCUUGGAGUACAUCAGUCGGAACUCUUCCACUCUCCCAUUCUCAAGUGCUAAAGAAUAUCAACUUGGGUCAGCGGAAUACACGACGCCGAAUCCACGACGCAGUGCUCGGUCGCGUCGUUCUGCUCCAUUAUUACAAGUCGAAAGGUUUGCGGUCGGAGGCAGCUUUCAAGUAACUACUGAACUGAACGAAAUGAGCGUCCCACCAGGAAACAUACGCGAUCUUCGUGUGAUUGACAGUUCACGUUUGUGCAACGGAACGCUGAGUGUUCGUCUCUCAUGGACGUGGCCUGGUGGCCAUCUGGACACAGGCACAGUCGAAUCGGUCCAGCUGCGUACGAGUGCCAGCUACACAAGCUUGUUAAAUGCAUUUGAAGACCAAAACCUCCUAACCGAAGCAAACGUGCUUCACGGGGAUUUAUUACCAAGACCGCCGAGAACAUCACAUAGAGUUGAAGUGGCACUGCCAGCCCCAAUUGUGGAAAUACACGAAGGGAAAGACCAGACAAGGAAAGUGUAUCUCUCAGCAGUCGUAGUUAACGAGUUUGGUCUCAUGUCGGAUAUGUCAAGCGUCGUCGUCGUUUCGAGCGCUUGGAACGAGCAGGAACUUUCCUCUCAAAACGAAUCGCCAUUCCUUUUUAACAAGAUAUUACUUGGUCUUGCAAUAGCAGGCUUCGCAACAGCGCUAGUUUCGUUUAUCGCGCUUGCGAUCUGGUGCAAGAGAAAACAGGGCAGCAGGAAUCCUGAACCCAAAAAGCAUAACUGUGACCAAGAAUGUUGAGACGCGAUUCUUUUGCUUUUUUAUUGGAUUCAAUAGUGGUGUUGACAGCGUAGCUAAGCGUCCUAAGAUUCUGAGUUAAAUUUUGCCAUGACUCUGAUGUAAAUAAAGACCAUAUAUUUUCCUAAUUUGCCACAAGGAAACAGUUGCAUUUGUUUCAUGAACAGGUUUCCAAGCAGCUUGGCUAUGAAGUGAAUUUAUAUUCAUGCUUCUACUUGUACAA